AUGUAUGGUGGGCCACCUUUGGAGAGGCUUGGAACAUCCAGCAUGUGGCUUCAAGUGAAGGAGUACACCCCUCUUAAAAGAAAGGUCCGAUUGAUUAGAGGAGCCUCCUCCCCAACCUGCCAGUACCUUCAGUGUAACCCCCUACUAUUAAGUAUAGAUAACCCUCAAACAAUGACCCAGAUACCUUGUAAUAGGAUGUAUGGACUAGGUGUGGAUGUCUCUGGGCGAGACCCCCUUGGGAGAUUUGCUGUAAAGUUAGUAAAGAAUAUACCAGCCACCCCUACCCCAGACAUUGGAACUCCAAACACAGACCCUACUCCGAGCACCCCUUUGGCACCCCCUAACGAUCCCGCCAAGGUUACCAUUGUAAAAGUUAAGGAUUUACAUCAAACCAUAGCUAUUGAAACUGAAUACGGGGAAAUGAAUGCCUGGCUAAAAUGGAUAAAAUGUUCUAUCCACACACUAAAUAAAAGUGAUUGUUACGCUUGUGCAGCAGGUAGGCUGGAGACUCAAGUGGUACCCUUUCCCUUAGGAUGGACCUCAGACUCCGUAGGCUUAGAUUGUAACGCUCUUUUUCAGGACAGAACGGCUUGGGGCAAUCAGUUCUGCCAGACCCUAUCACUACUAUUCCCAACGAUACAGGGCCCAAGGCAAAGAGCCCCGGAAACUAUAUGACCCCCAUCCCCAGAGACUAAUUUCACCUCAUGCUUCUCUAGGUGGGGGGAGAAUUUAGUCCCUUUGGGCAAUGUAUCGUGUUGUACUGAGAGCCAGUCCUUCGAUGAGUUAAAUAAGCAACCUGCCUUGAAAAUAGCCCGUGCUGAUGUCUGGUGGUAUUGUGGGGGGCCACUUUUUGAGACCCUCCCAGCCAAUUGGGGCAGCACCUGUACUUUGGUCCAGUUGGCUAUCCCUUUUAUCUUGACAUAUCAUCACGGCGAAUUUUGUCCUCAGAUUGGACAAUCCUGGGUCAAGAGGACAGCCUCUACCUCAGGUGGCUCAUUUGACCUCCACAUUUAUAUUGACUCUAUCGGAGUCCCAAGAAGGGUCACUAAUGAAUUCGAGGCCAGAAAUCAGAUAGCUGCAGGAUUUGAAUCUGUAUUAUUUUGGAGGUUAACCAUUAAUAAAAAUGUAGAUUGAAUAAAUUAUAUUUACUAUAAUCAACAAAGAUUCGUUAAUUACACCAGCGAUGCUAUCCAUAGGAUAGCUGAACAAUUAGAUGCAACCAGUAAAAUGAGCCGGGAGAACAGAUUAGCUCUAGACAUGAUUUUAGCAGAAAAAGGGGGAGUAUGCGUUAUGAUAGGAGGACAAUUUUGUACUUUUCUUCCCAAUAAUACUGCACCUAAUGGUACCAUCACUAAAGCUUUACAGGGUUUAACUACACUGGCUGGGGAGCUAGCUGAAAAUUCAGGGAUCAAUGACCCAUUUUCAAAUUUAAUGGAACAAUGGUUUGGUAAAUGGAAGGGAAUUAUGGUUUCAGCUUUAACAUCAUUAAUAAUUGUUGUAGGGGUUAUGAUUGUCAUGGGAUGCUGUAUUAUUUCCUGUAUCAGAGGACUCAUACAGAGAUUAAUAGAGACUGCACUCAUUAAACAAACACCCGCCUCUAAUCAUAACAACUUAUUCAUCAUGAAGGUGCCUAAGGAUAAAAGUGAAGUCAUGUUAGCUGAGUUUGAAGAAAGGACAGUUUAA